UCCCUCCCUCCCUCCCUCUCUCUGCGCUCCUCGUCUGCACUCCCUCUCCUUGCGCUCUUAUCUCUUUUCUUUCUUCUCCUCCUCUUCUUUUGCCUCUCCUCCCCGACUCUGUCCCAUGAGCAGAGAUAGGAUCUGUUACAAACGGCCGCAGCUUCACCAAGAGCCCAGACCCUGUAUCCCAGACUGAAUUCUGUGCCAACCCCACACGCCAACAUCAGUGGGCAGGUACUUGACUGAGACGGCGCGGGGGAGUUAAUACCAGUCAGUGCUGCCGGAGGUGUGACACAACCCCAGCCCCCUCUACACUUUGAUUCACACAGGAUUAAGCAACUGCAUGAUGCUUCAGGCAGAAGACCUGGCACAGCUGAUUUACCAUCCCUGUCAGACUUAAAGUCUUUGGAGGCCCUCCUCUGCCCUGCUCUUGUCUUCUGUGGCGUAAAAGAAAAGGUGAAAAAGGGUCUGCCACUGCACCUAACAGAUCACGCAAAGGGAUGACUGGCAGUCAUCUUUCUCAGGAGUAAGAGAGGAAGCAAUGGGCUGGACUAUGAUUCUAAAAGAUGACUUUGGGGUCAUUGCCUGGGCACGACGAGCUGGGAACUACCUCCGCUUCCUCCUCCUCGUGUCACUCUUUUCUUCUCCAGUCCAGUCAGACAUUGUGUUUCCUAAGGAUCCUCAUUUUUCAUGGAAAGCAGGUCAGUGGAGUCAGUGUACUGGGGAGGUGUGUGGGUCUGGUGGGGUUCAGACAAGGACGAUAUGGUGUGUCCACAUGGAGGGCUGGACGACCCACCAUACCCACUGCCAGCGCGUGGAAAAGCCAGCGAGCCAGCGACCUUGCUUUAAGGUCUGUGACUGGCACCAGGACCUCUUUGAGUGGGAGGUGUCUGACUGGGGCAGCUGUGUUCUUGUCCCUUUCUUUUCCAAUGAGUUGAAGCUGAGGACAGCGGAGUGCAUCACAGCACAGCAUGGCAUCCAGAGGCGCCAAGUCCACUGUGUGCGCACGUCAAACCGCACCACAGUCACCUUGAGGAUAUGUGAAUUCUUCUCUCAGAAACCACUGGUGGAACAGGCGUGCCUCAUCCCGUGUCCCCAGGACUGUGUGGUGUCACACUUCACCCCCUGGUCAAGUUGCAGCAAAACCUGUGGCUCUGGCCUGCAACAUCGGACUCGACAUGUCCUGGCCACGCCGAUGUAUGGCGGCGCAAACUGCCCCAACCUGACUGAGAUUAGGACUUGCUCGAGCCCCGUCAACUGCCAUGCCGGCGAGGGCGAGUACCAGUACACCCUCAGAGUAGGAGCCUGGAGCGAGUGCCGACUACCCCAUCACAAGGACGCCCUGUUAAGUGGAAGGACCACAGUGGACUUUAGCACCGGCGCCACAGAGAACAACACUGUCUCACAGCACACACUGACCUCUCACCAUCACAACCACAACCACCACCACCACCACCAUCACCAUGCUCAUUCACACGACACAAACCACAUGUCCUGGGAACUGGAGGUGGGAUACCAGACGAGACAAGUCCGCUGCACAAGGAGUGAUGGCAAAAAUGCUAUGCUGAGCCUCUGUAUCAAGGACAACCCUCCGCUGACCUACCAGGCAUGUGUGAUGCCCAGAGACUGUCAUGUGUCUGGUUGGUCCUCGUGGAGUCCAUGCUCUAAAACCUGCCGGUCCACUGACCUGUCUCCUGGAUACCGUCUGCGGUCACGAAUCAUGACGCAGAUUCCUGUCGGCGGAGGAAAGCGGUGUCCUGCCCUUGAGGAAAAAGAAGCCUGCAACAUCAUAGGAGAUUUGCUUCCAAAUUGCCCCAGGUUUGUGUGGAGGACCACUGACUGGGAUGAAUGCCGUAUCCUCCCCUUACUCAGUCAGCAGGACCGACGGCUGGCCAACAUCAGUAUUCUGUGUGGAGAGGGCAUCCAAACUAGGAAGACCUACUGUGUUCAAGUCCCUGAUGAGUCAGCACCGCAUCACAGGAAAGAGGUAUCCAGACCUGUGAAUGCCAGGCUGUGUGCCGGUGUAGAGCCCCCCUCGGGUGUCCAGCGCUGCUCCGUCCCCUGCAGGAACCGUUGUCUGCUCGCCCAGUGGUCAUCCUGGAGUAGCUGCUUACAUGACAACUGCAAAGAACCGCAAGGGAAGAAAGGUUUCAGACAGAGGAGGAGAGACGUGCUGUGGGAGUCUGGCAGUUUUGCAGAAGCCUGUCCUCAUCUGGUCGAGUCCAUCCCAUGUGAGGAUCCCUCCUGCUACCUGUGGCAGGUCCAGCAAGAGGGAAGCUGCGUUCCCAGUCAACAGCCCUGUGGUCCUGGAGCUGCAGCCCAGAAUGCGACCUGUGUCAGCUCUGAAGGAGAAGAGGUGUCCAUUGCCCUCUGUGCAGAUGACCCACCACCCACAGAAGUGGUCUGUGAGGUGGCCUGUGCAGCAGACUGUGUGGUCAGCUACUGGUCCUCCUGGUCUCCCUGCUCCCACAGCUGUGCCACUAAGAGCUCAGAGGGCCGACAGAGCCGCACUCGCACUGUGUUGGCAAUCCCAGGGAAAGACGGAAAGGAGUGUCCUGCAGCUUCGGCCUUGGAGGAGUGGAGAGUCUGUAAUGACCACCCGUGCGUGGUGUUCUACUGGGAGGCCUCAGCAUGGGGUCCCUGCAUCGAAGACACCUCCAUGGAUCUCAAUGGAACCGGCCUCUGGGAUGGGAGCCCUACCUGUGCUGUGGGUGUCCAGAUCCGGAAGGUCAGCUGUGUGAAGACGAAUGUUGGACCUGUCAUAAGUAAAAGGUGUCCGGAUUCAUCUCGACCAGAAACCGUUCGACCCUGUUUGCUUCCCUGCAAGAAAGACUGCAUCGUGACGCCCUUCAGUGAAUGGACAGCCUGCCCAUCAACCUGUAUGCAAGAAAAUACAACCGCUGCCACGCAGUCUCGAUACAGGACCAUCAUUCAGAGGUCUGCAAAUGGAGGUCAAGAGUGUCCUGACACGCUGCAUGAAGAGAGAGAGUGUGAAUCACUUCCAAUCUGUCCAGUGUACAGGUGGAGGACACAUAAGUGGCACAGUUGCACUCUGGUUCCAGAAUCAGUUCGACGUGGAUUAAGUGGACCAGGAGAAAGCUGUGGGAGGGGUCUCGAAACAAGAGGACUCAGCUGUGUCGCGGAGAGCGGAGACUUAGCCAAUAUGACAGAGUGCCUGCGAUGGGCUGGCCCCUUGCCCCCUCAGUUUAGAGAAUGUCGGGUGUCUUGCAAGGAUGACUGCACUCUAACUACAUGGUCCAGGUUCUCCGACUGUACAGGAUGUGGCACUUCCGCGAGUCGCCGGCGCUCGCUCACAGGUCGCAGCAAAAAGAAGGAGCACUGCUUGAAUGAGGAGUUGUAUCCGCUGGAGGAAACGGAGGCUUGUCCUUGUGAUGAGUUUUUGUCCCAGCCCUAUGGGAACUGGUCUGCUUGCGUCCUCCCUGAUCCAUCUGUCUCAGGCUUCAUGCAAGGCUGGAUGAGCCAGCGGGAGGUAAAGGAGUGUGGCCAAGGUCUGCGCUACAGAGCUGUGGCUUGCAUUAGCCAACAGGGACACCUGGUCGACCCUGCGCUCUGCACAGACUCAGGGUACAUGGUGGAGAUUUGCCACAUUCCCUGUCCUUUAGACUGUAAGCUCAGUGACUGGUCACCGUGGUCGGCCUGCAGUGCGUCCUGUGACAGUGGGCUCAAAAUCAGGUCCAAGUGGCUCAGAGAGAAAGCUUUUAAUGGCGGACGUCCAUGCCCCAAGCUGGAUCUGAAAAACCAGGUACACCAGGCCGUGCCAUGCCACAGUAAAUGCAGCCAGUUUGAGUGGAAGACUGAGCCCUGGUCCAUUUGUACCAUCAACACUUUGGAUGACCUGCCAGCCUGCGGGGAGGGAGUCCAAAGCCGCAAGAUCAGGUGUGUGAAGAAGGGAGUGAGCGGGGAGGCCAUCUCUGUGGAGGAAGGUGUGUGUGAUCAGGAGGAAAUGCCACACAGAGCCCAAGUCUGUUUUCUGGCCUGUCCCAGUGACUGUGUUGUGACUCCGUGGGGACCCUGGAGCAACUGCUCCCUGCCAUGUGACCAAGGGACAGUAAGGAAUAGGAGUAGAGACGCGCUUCGCCUCCCAGCUUCAGAUAGCUCUGCCUGUCCAGAGCUGGUCCAGUCGGAACCCUGCGUCCUCAACAGUACCUGCUUCACCUACCAGUACCACGUCUCAGAGUGGAGUACAUGCCAGCUGAGUGAAAACACCAUAUGUGGACAAGGUACGCGCUUGCGUCUCUUGGACUGUGUUCGCAGCGACGGAAAGAUCGUGGAGCUGCAGAAGUGUGAGCAGUUGGGUCUGAUCAACAAGUGGAGUCUCUCCGAGCAGUGUGUGGUUGACUGCCCUGUCAGCUGUAUACUCUCUGAUUGGUCGCCGUGGGCAGAAUGCUCGCACACCUGCGGUAGUCAAGCGUUUAGUGUGCGCGCGCGUAGAAUCCUGCAGGAGGCUCAUGAGGAGGGUCGCCCCUGUCCCAACCAGCUCACCCAGACCAAACCGUGUCCCGUCAGGCCUUGCUAUAUGUGGCUGCUGAGUGACUGGUCCCACUGCACUGUAGAGGGUGCCGAGUGCGGUGAGGGCUUGCGGAGAAGGAACCUGUCAUGCGUCGUCCACUGGGGCGACUGGCCUGAAUCUCCUCCUCAGCGAGUAGACGAUGAGCUGUGUGGAGACAAACAGAGGCAGCACAUUCAACAGGAGAUGCAGCAGCACUGCUUUGUUCCCUGUCCAGGAGACUGCCAUUUGACUGAGUGGUCCACAUGGAGCUCCUGCCAGCUGACCUGCCUGGAGGGGCGGAGCUUCGAGACCACGGGUCGCCAAGCUCGCUCCAGAGCCGUGAUCAUCCAGAUCAUGGAGAAUCAGGGCAGCUGCCCACAUCAAGUCUUUGAGACACAGCCCUGCAAAGAGGGAAAGUGCCACAGUUACCAGUGGCGGACAGGAGGAUGGAGCAACAAUGAGCGAGUCGUGUGGUGUCAGCGCUCGGAUGGUGUCAAUGUCACAGGGGGUUGUUUCCCACAGAAAAGGCCAACCACGGUCAGACACUGCCAUCCUCCGUGCACUAAACCCUUCUCACACUGCACACCGAGUGGUGUGUGUGGGUGUGAGAAGGGUUACACUGAAGUGAUGACCACGCACGGUUUCUUGGACUAUUGCACCAGAACCCCGGGGGUGGACAACAACAAGAAAGCCGAUGUGAAAACCAACUCUGGAAGAUUAAAACCAGGGCCGUCUCCGGCCCAGGACCUCUUCACUGAGUGGACCUUACGACCUGUUGGCCCAGAUGGAAGAGUAAAGCUGUGGGUUUACGCCGUGACUGCUGUUGGAUUCAUCCUUAUACUCUUCAUUAUUACAUUAUCAUUCCUGGUUUGUAAACCGUCCAAAGCCACAAAGGCGUCCGCUCCGCCACAGAAGCCCUUAACCUUGGCCUAUGAUGGGGACAUGGACAUGUAACCAAUGCCUCUGUACCUCACAAGGACACGCUCAGCCCUGGACGGACUCCCGACUGUGUUCACAUCGUUAGCACAUCCAUCACAUUCCCCCGAUCACCGGCCCCCGGGUUGAGCUGGGUAACGUCUUUGUUGUUGUAUCAACUGCAGUGCAGACAUGGAGCAGACGGACGAGCUCUCGUGAUUUGCCGUCGAAGGGCGACGUAGCCCCAGACGCUUGACUGUAGCCGUCUUCUCUGCGAUGGCGAGGAACCAAAGCUCAUCGUGGUGAAAAUGUGAAAUAAAAAAGACUUGUAGUUUCUUUUAUUAAUUGCUUGCAACGUGAAUACAACAUUGAAGCGCAGUCUGGAACCCCACAAAAGAUGA